AUGGUGACACCAAACUACACGGCGCCAGACUGGUUCUUCUCCGACAAUGUGAAAACAGCCGUACAACUGAGCUCCACGAAGCCCAGAAUCUUUCUGGCAGAUUUGCCCAACAAGACUUCCGGCGAGGAAGCACUCAAGCAUGACUACACAAAACAUGAAGAGAGUGCCUUCGGUGUAAGCCGCCACACAUUUCUAUCAGCUCGAGACACCAUCGCCUCUUGUUUGGUUCGCGACAGCCACGGUCGACUGUCGACACACAACAACGGUGCCAUCAUUCGAAUCGAGAAAAAGCAUCCGCCUGAGAUGCCAACGGAGUACGUUGACGCGCUGGCAAAGGAAUUCGGCGCCACUUCGGUCACUCUGACCAUACAUGACUUUCAAGCUUUGGCUGCAACAUAUCAGGACCAGACCCCGGCCGAGUUUCAACAAGCUUUUGAUAAGGAUCUUAACAAGCCGCGAAACCUCAGCCUAAAAAAACUCCAUCCUUCGUACGAGCUGGUCUUCCACUACUUCGGCAAUCGUUGCCGUCAAGAGGCAAGUGGCGCGGCCAUUGAAAGGUCGAGGCAGGCAUUUGCCACGAUUUUGGGCGUUCAAGAAUGCAAAGUCGGCAAUCAAGUACCCGACAAGAAGAAAAACAUCGCACCGUUCCAUGACCAUCCGCUGAUAAUCCAUGUUGCAGAGGCUCAGCUGCUUAUGGAGAGAAGCCAAAGCCUUCGUGUCGUUGCGAGACUCGCGGAUGCAGUUGCCCAAGAACGAAAAGCCGGAAAGCCAGUCAUCCUGGUAAUCACAGGGCAUAUCGCUAGGUACUCUGCAAAUUUUGGCGAUUUGUCGAUCAGGUCGGGGAUUCCUGCUUCUGCUAUCUUGAGCAUCAACUAUCUAGUUGAACCUGCUGCGCUGGAUAAAUCAAAAGACCCAAACAUCAAAGUCUCGGCAACCUUUAUCGACAAUCUCAAAUUUUUACUUCGCUUCUACGCUCGACAUAAAUUUGACACGGAGACAUUGCUUCCCAAGACAGAAUGGAACCUCGAGCUCGACGACAACAUUGACACUCUCUGCGCCGAAAACAGUAAUCUUCUCGAGUCAGUCGCCAUGCAAAUCACCGGGAGAGCUUGCGGUAGCCAGAAACUAAGCGUACAAGAUGUGGCACAAGUCUUGAAUCAAGUCGCCAUCGGCGAAAAAGUCGAAACCGGGAAAUACGAUUUGACAUCUCGUCACGAAGAUGCUGAUAAGGAAGAAGAGCUAGAGACUAGCAGCGAGGAUGAUGAUUUAGAAAUCGGGAAAGACGGAGAAGAGUCAGAGACUAGCAGCGAGGAUGACGACGAUUCAGAAACCGGGAAAGACGGACUUCGAAAAGACAAUGACCUGAAUAAGUACGAAAAGGCUCUUCAUGACUCUAUCGUUAAAGUCGAGCAGCUUCAAGAUACAAAGUAUGAAGACGUCAUUUUGCACGACGACAUCAAAGACAUGAUGAAGCAGCUCAUCUUGCUCUCCAGGAAGAAAAUCGACGUCAAAUCCUCCCUUCUGAUGUCGGCAGUACAAAUCUCAGGAGCUCUGCUCUACGGCCCCCCCGGGACAGGAAAGACCCAUCUCAGCCGAGCCAUUGCCAACAGCCUGGGCAGCAACAUGCUUGCUCUCGACAGCGCCACGUUGACGUCCAAAUAUGUGGGCGAGACGGAAAAAUACAUCAAGGCCGCUUUCUCACUAGCCCGAAAGUACACUCCAUGCAUCCUGUUCCUCGACGAAGUCGACGCCUUGUUUUAUCGCCGCUCGUCUGGUGACAAGUCAUGGCAGCGGUCUGCUCUCACACAGUUUUUACAGGAGGUAGAUGGGAUCCAGGGCGGUCUGCCGGGCGCACCAUUUGUGCUGGUGGCGACGAACCGCCCCAUGGAUCUGGACACUGCGUUCCUGCGCCGUUUGCCGCAAAAAAUACACUUUGAGCUGCCGAAUGUAUCUGCCCGCGCGCAGAUAUUGAGAGUACUGCUCAACGAAGAGGACCUACACUCGGACGUCGACAUUGAUCACCUGGCAACCUUGACGAACGGAUACUCGGGUUCAGACCUCAAGAACCUCUGCGCGGAGGCCGCGUUACUUUGGGUGCUUGAGAUCUGUCGAAAAGAAGCCAAGGAAGCGGCUCAAAGGGUUGAGAACACGAAAACUCCAAGAAAUUAUGCCUCUAGGAGCACAGUUGACACCAAUGGAACGUCCAUCUCGGCGACAAAGUCGGGCGAAGCAGAUCAUGUUGGGGACCUCAAGAAACCGGCGGACGUCACCGAUGAUAAGGUGACCGAGUCGGACAGCAAUGCAGCUGAGAACUCUACAGAUCAUGAUUAUCCGCAUGCGUCUAGCGGCAGUGAGGUCACUGAAAUGAUUGCGUCAGCGGAUACAGCUGGUGGUGACCACGACAAGAAUGACGGCGAAAACAGCAAGGCCAACAAAGAUAAGGCGACAGACGCGAUAACAGGGAAGAGGAAGAGGGAAACCGCAAGAAAAGGCAAGAAAACAGAGAAGCUGGCAAGAAAAGAAGCGAAAGCGAUGAAAAGAAGGAAGAAAAAGGACAAGAAAGAAGCCGAGGCGCUAUACAUGGCGAAAUUCUCCAAGGUCUGCUUGACCAAUGCCGUCUUUGAAAAAGCACUGCAGAUAAUGCGACCGACAGUGUCUAAGGAAGCUAUUCAAGAGAUUGAAAAGUUUGCCAAGCUCUAUGGUGACCAGUGA